GGGGAGAGUAAUUUAGGACAAGGGCGGUGAUUAAGUCGACACGAUUAAGGCCAGAAUCUGAUACUUUGGCUCCCGUCUUAAACUAACUCUGUUCACACUCUCUCUCUCUCGUGUCGUGUCCCUCUCCUCAUAUUUAUUUAUAAAGCAAGUACGAACCCCAUUUUUCCAAUACUACCACCCACUCUUUUUCACUUCAUCUCAUUUUCUUUGCACUUGCUCUACUCUAUUCUACAUAAAUUUGUUUUUGUUUAUCUCUUGUUCUUGUUCUCUUGACAAAGUAACAAUGGAAGAUCGUCUAUGGACUUUCCUCACUUUCGUUCACACCCUAGCUGGCCCAGCCACCAUGUUGUUGUAUCCUCUAUAUGCGUCGGUGAUGGCAAUAGAGAGCACCUCGAAGGUGGAUGAUGAGCAGUGGCUUGCAUAUUGGAUCCUUUAUUCCUUCCUCACUCUUGUUGAAAUGCUCUUUCAACCCGUCUUGGACUGGUUCCCGCUAUGGUAUGAUGUGAAACUAGCAUUCGUGGCAUGGCUAGUGUUGCCUCAGUUCCGAGGGGCUGCUUUCAUUUACGAGAAGUUUGUGAGAGAGCAACUAUUCAAGAAAUAUGCAGGGGGAGCACUCCGUCACAGCCAGUAUCCUAACACCUCUAAGCUCAAGAAUAAAUUUGCUGAUUUCUUGACUCCUAACAAAGAGGACCAUCAUUCAUGAAGGGCUAAUUGAAGAUAUUCAAGGAUAGCGAGUCAAGGGGGGAUGUCAUGUAUCUUUCCUUUCUGAAAAAUGUGAUUCCUCUUGUUUUUCCCUUUAUCUGUGGACCUCUAAUGUAACACUGAAUGCCUAGUUUGUGAAUCUUCUGUUUUUAGUUGUAAUCAAAUCUAAGCAACUUAAUUGACUCAA